UGCAGCGCACACCUGAGCAAAGCCACUCCUUUCCCAGAGAGUAUCAAAGAUGGUUGUGAGGCGGAGGUCAGAUAAACAAAGUCAACUCCUUCACAGCUUUAAGAUUCUACAGCCCUUCUGACAGCCACUCUGGUUUUGUUUUGAGGGGAUUUUGGAGAGUUUUAUUUUGGAUUUAGUCUCUUUUUUUGUCGUGUGGAAUUUAUGUCACUUUUGCUAAGAACUCACAAUUUAGCGGCGGGAGUUUCAGAGUAGGACUUUGUUUGUUUUUUUCCCGUGGCCCAGAAACCAAAUGAAGAUGUGGUCUCUGAAUGUCAUCAUCCUGCUUCUGUUCUGCUAUGCUUCUCUUUUAACUUGCGAUGGAAGAGUGUAUUUUGUCUCCAAGAACUUUUACAACAUACUGCACUGGGAUCCUGUGGAGCCUGCCUUCCCCGGGGAAAAGGCCCUCUAUAGCGUCCAGUACUGCAAUGAUACAGACUAUCAGCAAUUCCAGAUAAAAAAGGAGUGUCAGAACAUUACUGAUCUGUUCUGUGACCUGACGGCGGAGACCCCAUCAGUUUAUGACGUUCAAUACCGGGCUCAGGUGUUCUCCAAUGGUAGCUUACGAGGCAGCCAUAAGUUUAAACCGAUAGCACAAACUAUCUUUGGUCCACCAAUCUUGUUUAAACACACAACCGUGUCAUCCUUGCACGUUAACGUCACCCUGCCCUUGGGGCCAAAUGGAGAGUCAGUCGAGGACAUAAUCAUCAAAAGCAAAAAAGGACCUGAAGAAGUUCAAAUCCGUUAUACCUUAAACAUCAUCAAGCCAAAGUGGGCUGCACGGGUUAAUGUCACCACAACUGGCCGGUUUGUGAUCAACUUGAAGAACAACCAAACAGAGUACUGCGGCAACGUGUUCUACACGCCGUCCACUGAGGGACGGUUGAAGAGUGAAAAUGCUACGUUCUGUGUCAAACUGCCAGAUGAUCCUCUGAUGCUUUUGCCAUGGCUUCUUGUGAGUGCUGCUCUACUGACGACCAUAAUCAUAGUGUCAGUUGUGUAUAUGUGCAACUACGUGAAGGCUGGAAAGGAAAAGAGCAAGCUAUUGGUAUCCACCUUCAGCUCCCCACAAAGAGUUCUGUCGUCUCCAGAUAGGAAUAUCGUUAUUUCCAAACCGGAGAUCUACGUUCAAAGUGAACGAACAGUUUACUCAACAGUUAGAGUGGAGACAAAUAGGCCUGUAGUUGGGCCUGGAGGUUAUUCCCCCCAGGACGUCCCCUGGCAAGACAGCGAUUGCUCUUCUGUGGAGACAAGUGCAGACAGUGUGACCUCAAAACACGAGAACACCGGCGGCCAAUCGUCAGAGAGCUACGGUGCAGUAGCUGUCCAUGUCCCUGCUACCCAGAAUGAAGACUUUCAGCAGGCUAACGACAAAAGAGAACCCAGUAACAAUCCAGCCAGACCCCUGCUGUUGCAAACAGAGCGGGACACAAAUGGACAACUUGUGUUGCCUUCACUCAUGUUUCAGUUACAGAGCGGCACAGAUGACAUUGUAUCACCUCUUAACUCUGAGAGAAAACCUCUUUUAUCUGACCUCAUAGACUCCAAGACGGGGCAGCCAUCAUUGGACAGAUUGCAGAGCUUUGACAGCUCAAAGUGGUCGGACUCAGGGUUUGAUGAUGGCAGUGUACACACCCCAACCCAGCCCUACUGCAACACUCACUUCUCCCCCUCUCAACCAGUUGCUUCUUAUUUCCCACAGGGAUGUCAGAACACAUCUAAAGAUACCAUGUUUGAAACAGGUUACAAAGAAAGCUGGAUGCCUGCGAUCCCUCUUGGAAAUGCAUCAAAAGACAGUUGUGAAUACAGAAAGACUAACUAUCCUUGGACCAGGACGGGUCUCAAAAAGGAGGAGGAAGAUAUGGGAGAAGAGGAGGUAUCCAGGCAAAUUCUUCUGGGAGGUUGGGGCGUACAAGUUCAGGAAUAACCUCCUUGUUUUAGUCUUUAAGGCCUAAAACCUGCUUUGUUUAUGUGAGCACAAGAGACAAUAGAGAACUGAACGAUGUCUGCUGUGUGGCUAAUGACGGAUAGACAGAUGGUUAAACUCUCCUUAAACAAAGUCCACAAUUAGCCCAAACUAAGCCACAUUCAACAACAACAUCUACACCUUUUAAUAAAGUACAUUUCAUAUCAUAAAAGUAAUAUAUUAUGUUUUGCUGUGAAUUUGGUUUUAUUUAUUUUUUCACAAUUGUAAAAAGACAGACUAUAUGAAUUGUUUACAUUGGAAGACAUGAUUGUAUAUACAUUGUAAAGUUUACUUUGUAAAAUUCAAAACCACUUUUUAACAGAAUUUCAGUUUAUAUGAGUAUGUUUCACAUUAACAUUUACAUUUGUAUUCUAUUCCAAAGUUGUGUAAAGACAGCUUCAUUCUGUUUUGUUUGCAUAAUGAAAGAAAAACACAUGAUUACACCUGUCAUAUUUGUAUGGUAAGUGGUAUGAAAAGCUGUUUAAAUUACCUUCAUAGAAUUCAACUCGGACCUUCAAUCAGGUUUUAAGUGUAUGGUUUUUAUAACAGCUGCAAUGACACAGUCAGCGUGUGCAUUUGUGUGCCAUCACUAUGGUGACACAUUAGUGCAACAUUGACCAAAGUCUAAAAUACACAAACCCAAUCUGGCCACUUUUAAAUUACAAUGUGGACAGUCAACCUUAAAGAUUUGCUAUGGCCACAAACCUGAUUGCUUUGUGGCCGAAAAAAGCAUAAGGUAUUGUCAACUUUUGCGCCAUGUAAAAUUAGACUUAAUGACUGAAUUUCUACUAGAAAUGACUGUUUUCUUAUUUUUACAACACUAACAUAUGUCAGUAUUAUCAGUGUUUCAUCCCUACAUAAAAAAAAAAGGGAUAUUCCCGAUUUUUCUAACUCACAACGUUCACGACCUCAUUUUGUUCUCCCCAUUGUUUGCUGUCCUUUCAUCGAAAGAAAAUUCAGCGUGUAAAAAUACAUUAGAAGGUGGGGUCAUGGUGCAACCUGAGCCACGCUGAUAACAGCCUGAGCACAAUCUUUUAUACCCAGCUGUAAAGUAAUAACGUAAGGUGUGUUAAAAAGUACAAUGUGAGUCACAUGAAUGAAUGCAAGUAAGUUACAACUUUGCUUUAUACUGUAUUUGUGUGUUGGAAAGUUUAAAUGAUAUUAUGGAAAUUCUGAAAAAUAAAUAUUGGAGAACUUUUUAUUCA